GUCUCAAUACCGCGCGCGCUAAACAGCGCCUCUCACGGCACAAAUGACAUUCAGUUUUCACACACCCUCUCUCCUACCGCGUGGUAUAUCCCACGUUAAAGUGAAAACUUAUCAAUAGCCUUCUGUGGGUGUACCAAGGAUUCGACCCGUGAUAUUUUUGGGAAUGUGUUUGCUUUCUCCCCCUCAUAUAGCCUAAUAUUGCUUCGAUAGACCUGUUACUUUUCAUCCAUAGAGAUGGAAAAUUUUACUAUUCUCGCUCGUCAGCUCUAUCAGAUAAUGGGACCUAGAGGUGGGGUACGACACCAGUUGCUCUCUUUAAAAUAGGAGCUGAGCACCGCAGCCUCGUGCUGGAGAAUGAACCCCCCAUCCCACCGCUUGUCGGACCGCGCGCCAGAUGGCAACAUCACAGCUCUCUGUGAUACUUCAUUGAAACUAUUGCACUAAAGCUGGACCCUAACUUUGCAGAUCAGAUGGAUUUAAAGAGAGUGCUGUCCUUCCCUCCAUAUCCAGGGGACUAUUUGCACCCAGUGGUGUAUGCCUGCACUGCAGUGAUGUUGCUCUGCCUGCUGAUUUCUAUCAUGACAUACAUAGUACACCACAGCAUAAUCCGAAUCAGCAGGAAAGGUUGGCACAUGCUUGUCAACUUCCUCUUCCACACUGCCAUGACGUUUGGGGUGUUUGCGGGAGGCAUCAACCAGAUCAAAUACCCUGUGAUCUGUCAAGUGGUUGGAAUUAUCUUGCACUACUCAUCCCUCUCUAGCAUGCUAUGGCUGCUCUUCACUGCCAGGAAUGUCUGCAAGGAAGUUUCCAAGGCCCCGCCCAUACCUCAGGACAGGGACCCUCCCAAACAGCCACACCCUAAAACCACCAUUUUCAGGUUCUAUCUAGUGAGUAGUGGAGUUCCCCUAAUCAUAGUCGGAGUUACGGCUGCUGUAAGCUUGGAUAACUAUGGUAGCAGAGAUGAUGCCCCGUAUUGCUGGAUGGCCUGGGAACCCAGUCUAGGAGGCUUCUACGGUCCCACUGCCUUCUUGGUCUUAGUAAUGUGCGUCUACUUUCUAUGCACAUUUGUGCAGCUAAAGUGGCACCCGGAGCGUAAGUACGAGCUGAAGCUCAUGACCAAAGAACAGCAGCGUCUAGCUGUGGCUGAAAUUGGCCACUGCCAUGCUGUCAGUGGAGAGCCAGGUGAGCAUGGUGACCAUACAUGCUGCACAGCCAUCACAGCCUCCAUGUUGGCCAACGAGCACUCUUUUAAAGCUCAAUUAAGGGCAACUGCCUUUACACUCUUCCUCUUCCUGUCCACCUGGGUGUUUGGAGCAUUGGCUGUAUCACAGGGCCAUUUUCUGGACAUGAUCUUCAGCUGUCUAUAUGGAGCAUUUUCAGUCACGUUGGGGCUUUUUCUGCUUAUUCAGCACUGUGCAAAACGUGAUGAUGUCUGGCACCGGUGGUGGGCCUGUUGCCCCAACAAACCAAAGGUGGAGGUCAAUGGGAAGGCAGCAGGGAAUCCUGGCCCACCUGCCCAAAUUCACAGCCAUACCCCAUCUCAUGGGCAGAACCAAAUCCACUGCCAGUUAGAAACUUUCUGCCCGGGUAAACCUCUGCUUUCCCCACACCUGCAUUCUUCAUCUCCGCACUGUAAGUUGGGUACCUUACCGUCCACCCAGAACCACACAAGCACCUGCUGUGCCACUCUGCACAGUCCCUCGCCCUUGCUUGGGAGCCACCCACAGUCCCUCCCAGAUGAACUCCCACGCCCAACCCUGCCACUGCAAAGCUGCCUAAAGGACAGGUCUAAGACACGCUCCUUCAAUCGACCUCGGCCCUGCCUCAGGGAUUAUUCGUACCACAUGACCUCCACCAGCAUGGAUGGCAGCAUGCACAGCUCCCACCUGGACAGCCCUCACAGCAUGCAUCUGGACAACCCGCUCACCUGCCACACCUCACACUUGGAUACUCAACUGUCUUGUCACAGCCCCCACCCCGAAAACCAGCUGCGCAGCCCCAGUCCCAGUCCUAUCCUCGAGAGCCUGGCCUCCCACAGCCUGCACGAUAGCAUCUCCUGCCAUAGCGCACAUUUGGACAGUCAACUCUCCAGCCACGAUGGACACAUCUGCCACAGAAACAUGUGCUGUGCCAAAGCAGACCCGUUCUCGAGCAUAUGCUGUCCUAAAAUUGACCCCUUUGCCGGUUCUUACCAGGCAGAGGAUCCUGACAUGGGACCACUGAUGUAUAGUUGUCCUAAAAUGGCUGAUAAAGAGGAGGAUGUUAUGCUGCAUUUGGAUAUGAUGCCUCCGCAGGUGACUCUGUCAUGCUCUCAGGCUACUCUCAGCAGGAAAGGCACCCAUAGCCGGAGAGGGACACUAAGCCGGAACAAUAGUCAGCACGAGGACUGCCAACUUACUUCUGAUUCCACAGGUAACAUUAGGACUGGACCUUGGAAAAAUGAGACCACGGUGUAGCCCACUGUGUAGACUGACAGCAAACAAACCUGUUUCUCACCUGAGCUAAACUACUGUGUAGUCCCAGGGCUGUUACCCAAAGGCCCUCUCUCCUCUGAGCUAAGCUACUGUGUAGUCCCUCUGCUGUGACUUCGCUCUUUCAUCUGUCGAUAUGAAUUCUCUUCCCCUUUAAAGAAGAGUUAAAACCUCUGCUUACCACUUUCAGAUUUCAUUUCACAGUUAACUCUGCUCCAUUUGGUUUGUCCUAAGUUUUAUCCUCUUGUCAUUCUGAAAUGGCAUUGAUGAACACAUGACAUGCAUUUAAUUUGGAUGAUUUUUUAUAAUCAAACUGAUUUUUGUAAGUGUUUUUUAAUAUGGUUACAUAAUGUGUAAUUAUGUAAUUGUGGAUGUAUGUGUGUUAAGUAUGGGUGAGAAAAAAAGAGUGCAUAUGUUUAUGUGUCUAUUUGCAUGUGACAACAUGCUCAUGUGUAUAUACCCAAUAACAAGAUUUCCAUUAGUGCAAGAUGAGUCCUCUCUUUUGGAGCCAAAGUCGCACACAUUUCCUAUUUGCAUUUUAGUAAAAACUCUAGAUUCAUCAUCAAGUGAUAAAACACCAGCACUUUUCACUAGAGGUAGACAUAUAUAUCGGUUUUACCAAUUAAUCUGUGCCGAUAGCCAAUGUUUUUUUCAUCAUUUCAAAAUAAGGGUCUGUUCCAAAACUUAGUGAGCUGCCUUGCUGUCUCCUGCCUACAUAGGCAGCUGUCUUCUAGGGUAGUGGUCCCGGCCCCCAGGUUGAGAACCACUAUUCUAUGUCAGCAUCCUUACUGAAAUGAUGUGUAAAGAGAGUGAUUUGGAUGCUCUGCAUUGGCAUGUCGUCAGGAAAAUACCGCAACUGAGUCCCGGGCUUAAGCCCCGGUAAGACCGUGCAUUAAUACGGCCCUGCAGGUGAUGCAAGAGGAACAAUGUGAUACUUUGAGCAUAAAUACACAUAGUACACACAUAUUAGAGUAAAAUAGUUUGUUUUCUAUGAUAUAAAAAAAUUAUCUAUACUUUUUUAGUAUUGAAUGUAUUAGAAGUAUAUUUAUAAUCCAAAAUUCUCUCGCUUCCUCUGCCAUCUUGGAUUUCUUUUUCUGCCAAGCUCAUCACGGUGCAUUCUGGGAUCGCCUACAAGGUGAAGGAUAUAUACGAUGCUACCUUAAAAUUUUUCCAAAACUAGGUAUCUUAUGAGGCAGUAUAAUUAAGAUACCUAGUUUCUGGAAUAGCCUUCACGUUGGGAGGGCUCCUAUGAUGUCUUAAAAUGCUGUCUCCGGAGGAAGCUCAAUAGGUUUUAGAACAGACCUUAUGAGUCCCUGGUAUGUUUUGGGCUUGUUUAUACUUUAAAGUCCCACAUUAUACACCAAAUCUUGGGAUACUGGGAUUUUGGUUGAACAAAUUUUGGUUGAACAAAAAAUGCAUGGGGGAUUUUAUUCAUUUUGAACUCGUAAAAAAAAAAGUACAUACAUUCUAUAAACUGAUUUUAAAAACUAUCAGCUGAUUAAUCUGUUAUAGGUCUUUCCCACCAACUUAGUUAUCGUAUCGGCAAAAUCCACUAUCGGUCGACCUCUACUUUUCACUAGCAGAUUUUCACAGUUAAACAAUCAAAACAAAAAGUCAAUGAACAUGGCUAUUUUUAAAUUCCGGUCUUAAUGUGAUUUAUAUGUGCCAAACGUUACAGUAAUUAAAAUACAACCUUUACUCUACCCAAAAAGUACCAAGUAGUCUAUGAUAUUUGGAUAAUGUGGCUUUCACAACUAAGCUGUCAUUUUUCAUCUAGAGACAUAAAACAGCAAACAAAUAGUCUCCUUGUGUUUCCAUGGUGACAAAUCAUUAAGAGAGGUGCCCAGCCAGAAUGCAUUUUGAACUGCACAUGUGAUGUAUGCAUAUACAGUAUUUAGUUACUGAUCAGUUCAAGUCAAUGGCCUUAUAGAAACCAUCAGUUAUGCAUUGAUCAACAGUCUAACGUUGCACUAAAGCAUUCAAACAUGUUUGCCAUAGAGAAAAAAUGUUUGCUACACACCUAAUGAGAUACUUAUUGUUAUUUGAUUGGCAGCUUCAUGGAAAAACUGGAGCUUCUAGUAACCCCACGUGUCAGUACUCCUUUUUAGUCUGAGCCAAUUAAGGAGGGCAUCACUUUCCACAUUUUAAGGAAGGAGACAGGUUCUCAUUAACAGAUUAUAUCUAGUCACUGUGCCAACUCACUUUGCACACAGGAAUCAGCUGAUUUACUGAACAUACUGAAGCUUUCAAGAAAUAAUAUAUUGCCUGAACUGGUAGCUUAUGUAGCUGUGAAACAAGCAGAGGGUAAAUGAUGACAAACACAUGGUCACAGAGACAUACAUUUGUAUCUGCUCAUUAAUGUUAUUAGACUGAAAUGUUUAGAUAAUGUGAUCAUAUUUGUCACAUUUUGUUUUUAAUAUACUGUGCAAAUUAAUGAACGAAAAUUCCAACAGAAGAAAGUCAGUUUAGGUGAACUAUUUGGAAGAUUCCUUGUUUAUUAUGCGUUUCUUUGUGAGCUCAGGGAUCAUGUUGCAUCUUUUACUCGUAAAACCACACAAGAAAUACGUUUGCAUGGAAUUGAUAUUGGCUAUUUACCCCAGAGUGUUUCACCAAAUUAGAAUAAGGCCUACUUUUGCAGAUGUGUAGUACAUGGAUACUAAUAAGCCCUCCCUUGAAGUACCGUAGGACAUGGAAUUUGUCUACCUGCCUGAUUUACCUGAUUUCACAUAUAUCUGAGAGAGCUGCACCGUUUUUUUGGUCAAAACAUGUGAUUUCUACUCUAAUCUGACCCAAAGCCAGUUGUUGUUUCUUUUUUUACAUUUGUCACAAUUUCCAAUAAAUGUAUUUUAU